AUGAGGACGAAAGAGCCAAUCAUCUACACUGCCAGUGUAGAACGGGCGCCCGGUAAGUGCUCAGGGAUGACCCUCCUCGGUAGCUGCCCAGUGGCCAACACCAGCCACAGCAUAGCCACUGUCCCCAAGUCAGCCUGGAGGGAAGAGAGCAGGUCGCACUCACCUGAUUCUGAUGAAUCAGUUGGCCUGCGUUAUGCCUCUCAGCCCCCAUUCACUGGGGAGAAUAGAAAGAAAACAACUGACAACAUCCUCAAAUGUAAACUCAAUUUGCCUCCCUACCUCACACAAGAAGCCAGAGAUCUGCUUAAAAAGCUGCUGAAAACAAAUGCUGCUUCUCGUCUGGGAGCUGGUCCUGGGGACGCUGGAGAAGUUCAGGUAGGGACUGGCAUCUUUGGUGUCAGCUAUGAUGCAUGUUUAAAAGGAAAUUUUCGAGGUUGCAGAUGUAAGUGUUUAAUUUGCUACGAUUACGAUCUUUGUGCAUCUUGUUAUGAAAGUGGUGCAACAACGACAAGGCAUACAACUGACCACCCAAUGCAGUGCAUAUUAACAAGGGUAGAUUUUGAUUUAUACUAUGGUGGGGAAGCUUUCUCUGUAGAGCAGCCACAGUCUUUUACUUGUCCCUAUUGUGGAAAAAUGGGCUGUACGGAGACAUCUCUUCAAGAACAUGUUACUUCUGAACAUGCAGAAACAUCAACAGAAGUGAUUUGUCCAAUAUGUGCAGCGUUACCUGGAGGCGAUCCUAAUCAUGUCACGGAUGACUUUGCAGCUCAUCUUACACUUGAACACAGAGCCCCUAGAGAUUAUGAUGAAUCGAGUGGUGUUCGACAUGUACGUAGAAUGUUUCACCCUGGCCGGGGAUUAGGAGGUCCUCGUGCUCGUAGAUCAAACAUGCAUUUUACUAGCAGUUCUACUGGUGGACUUUCUUCUUCUCAGAGUUCAUAUUCUCCAAGCAAUAGGGAAGCCAUGGAUCCUAUAGCUGAGCUUUUAUCUCAGUUAUCAGGAGUGACACGUUCUGCAGGAGGACAGCUUAAUUCCUCUGGCCCUUCCGCUUCUCAGUUACAACAACUGCAGAUGCAGCUGCAGCUAGAACAGCGGCACGCCCAGGCCACACGGCAGCAACUGGAGACCGCACACAAUGCAACCCGGCGUACUAACACAAGCAGUGUCACCACUGCAAUCACACAAUCCACAGCAACAACCAACAUAACUAAUACAGAAAGCAGUCAGCAGACUCUCCAGAAUUCCCAGUUUCUUUUAACAAGGUUGGAUGAUCCUAAAAUGUCUGAAACGGAGCGCCAGUCCAUGGAAAGCGAGCGUGCAGACCACAGCCUGUUUGUCCAAGAGCUCCUUCUGUCCACUUUAGUGCGUGAAGAGAGAUCAUCCUCAGACAAGGAUGAUCGGGGGGAGAUGGCAGAUUUUGGUGCUAUGGGCUGUGUAGAUAUUAUGCCUUUAGAUGUUGCUUUAGAAAACCUACAUUUAAAAGAGAGUAAUAAAGGACAUGAGCCUCCACCACCUCCUCUUUGAUGACAUCCCAAUUCGCAGACAAUGUCCUCUGUGCUGUAUUUGCCAAUGAAAGUGGACAACAACUAUCUUGGGUUUGUUUGGUGAUUGUAAUUUCAGGUCGGUCACUCUUGUUACAUUGUGUACCUUCAAAAGGAAGAGAGAAAAUAUAUAUGAUAAUCAUUUCCACUUAACUAAUUUUUACUUCUAGCAAGUAAAUGUAGGUAGCAGUGCAGGGGGGAUCUCUGCUUCCUGUACCUUGACAUGCAAAAGGCUCUCCUGAUA